UUUUCCUACUAGCUUUCCACCUUUUUUCCUAUGUCAAUGUGUCAGCUGUAAAGUGUAUGAAAAAUAUAUUAAUCUAUUAAUAGAAUGCUUUCUUUACAUAUGCCUGUUUCCGUACCUCCUUUCAUGCUUCCCCUUAAUAGGGAAUUGCAGUCGCAUGGCAUUUUUCGCUUGGUAUUUUUUUGGUAAUAAUUUUGAGCUUGUAAUUAUUCUGUUCCUUUGUCAGCUUUUUCUUAGUACUGAUACUUAUUUUUUUUUAAACAAACCUCUUUCUUUGUAUGAAAAAACCCAACAACAAAAAACAACCCACAAACAACCUCUGUAAUGGAAGGCCGAACCUUUUCAGUGGACUAUUUCAGUCUCAAACACAGUAGUCUUUUUCAGUUUAACACCUGCAGGCAUAAGCCACAACACUACUGAAAAGCUGUUACUGGGUCAGCUUUAUCUAUGAUGAGAUGCUGAAAUAAAUAGAUGGGGUUUUUGAUGAACAUGCUAACAGAAUAUUAAUGUGAGGCAGUAACUGCACGUUGUACAAAUGUGUAAAUGCCUAUAAAAUCAGUCUUGCAUGAAAAUAGCUUUAUUAAACUUCAUUAGCGAGUUUUUAAAGCAUUCCCUAUAAGAAAUUUGCAUCUGCUGCAGGUCAGAGGAGAGUUUGAAAGUAUCUAAAACAGGGUUGUAUCAGUAGGUCAAUAAAAUAAGAUAUGGGAAGCUGGCAAUAAUAUAUUGCAGGCUGGAAAGUGAGGGAGGGAGGGUGUUGCAGUGACAGAGGUUGAGCCGUGGUAUUUGGAAGGCUGGGGUUUGCAGCUCACCUGCUACUUACAGCCUAAGUUUAGGCAGUUCAGCUCAAAUUGGUCUGCUUAACCAGUUCAUUUGAAACUGGUCAGCUUAACCUUAAUGGGCGUAGGUUUAAUUAGUUCUUGGGAAAACUCAUGGAAGACUACAGGCAUUUUUGAGUAUGGUGCAUAAGCAAGUUCUAAAAUGUUUAGUGCAGGCAAGUAUCCUGCUGAAAUUUCUCUGGAAAGAAGGUUGUAGCAGAAAUUGUAACUCUGAUUAGUUUUUGUUUGGAAGCUUGAAAUGUUCCAUUUUUGAGGGGAAAGAACUUAAAUGUAGUUGGCCAACGUAACUUCUCUUGCCUUUUCUUUGUAUUUCAGAUACUGCGCGUUGCUUCCUAGUUGUGUGCUUUGCUUUUUUUGUGAAAUGCUUAGGCACAGCCAAUAUGAUCUUUCUUUGGAUCUCUUUAAGCUUAAUAAACUUUGUGAUGACUAUUUAAGUUAAUUAUUAUUUUCGUUUGUAAUGCCAUCGUAUUAUUAAAAAAAUACUAUAUUGAUUUGUGGAUUUGACAGCAGAUGGUGUAACCACUUUCUGUGUUUGUCCUGUGUAGUCAUUCAGUUAUUUUAAUGGAAAUGAUCACAGAAUAGGAAAAUAACAGCUAGGCUUGAUUUAUUUCAGAUGUUCUAUGCCAUUUCUGCUUAAUGUAUUAAUGUGAAACCUCCAGCUUUCCCCUUGAAUUUUAAUCUUUUUUUGAAAACGUCAUAUUUUCAUGGGUUUAUGUGAUGGCUAGCAAGGAACCAGAAACAAAGAGAUGAUUUUAUUACUGCCUUUUUAAUGGUUAACAUAUUUUUGGAACUUUAGCAUGUUCCUGUGGGCCUAGGGAAAUCCUGAAAUGUGUGUGGGUUUCUUUUUUUUCUUCUUAUCUCUCCCCCCUUUCCCCCCCGUGGGAAAUAUUUUUUUAGUAAGAUUUGAAAAUCAUAUCUAAAAUCCUUGCAUAAAUACCUGCUUGUAAUAAAUGGAAGCUGUGUUGCCUAGAGUCUCAAUAGAUGUCAAUGUUUUAAUUUUGUGUAAACUACUAUUUAAAUACUUACUACAAAGUGAAUGGAAGUGUGCAUGAGAAGUUUAAAAGUAUCUUUUAGCAGUGCUGGACUAGCAAAAACACAUUAGUCUAUAACCAGGUGGGCAGAUAUUCCUGAGGCUUACAGGGAGGUUUGAGCCCUCAUAGAUAUGGGAGAUUACCCAUCACUUGGGCGCCAAACAGAACCACUUAGGGUUUUUUUUACUCAAUCUAUUAAUUUGAUUGCUUUUCAUGUCUGAAUGAGAGAGAAGCCAGGGAGCAAGUCAAAAAGCAGCAGUUCACACUGUACCUUGACCCCAUGCCUUUUACCUUUCCUUCAUUGCACUGCAUUGCUCUCCCCUUCGGGUUCAUGAGCUAGACAGGCACAUCAGUGGAAAUUCAUAUUAAUACACACAACUGCCCUCUGGGGAGGCCCUGGUUGCUUCCCCUUUCCCACACACACACGCUUCUGGGAGCCACAGAACUGCAGAAAGGAGCCAGUAAUGUUCACAUAUGAACAAAAGUUAUUGGAGAAGCUUCUCUCCAGAGAAAAAAGCUUAGACCUUGAAUUCAGAGGACAAACUUCUUGUCAUUUGCAUCUUCUGUAGAUAAUUUAUGAAGAAUUAUAACAUACAACUACUGUGACUUAAAUUUCUGUAAUUUUGAGCGUUGUGAUGUGUUGACAGUUUCGUGAUGUUGUCCUUCUGUGAGAAUGUAACCUCAGUAUUUUUUAUUUCAGUUUCCAGUUAAAUAUAAGGCAGACAGUAAGAUAGGCUUUCACUGUUCAAAGGAUGUGCUUUAGAAGUAGAACAUAAAUGUUUUAUUAUGAAGUCUAAAACAUUGGUAGCUUUUCUUAUCAUGUAUUAGUGUUAAUCUGUUUUGACUUACAUAGCCAGGUUACUUCCAAUAUGUGAAGUAUGUGGGAACUGAAAUUACUUUUUCUUUGCUUCCAAUAUACCAUUCUUUGUUAAAGGUAUGUUUAAUAAUGAAACACGGUAACUCAGAGCAGCUAAAACUCAGUUUAUUGCAUCUCACCUUAAGAACAGUUCGUCUUCAGAGAAUGGGUUGCAGUCUGAGGUUGCAGUGGUACAUUGUCUUGUAACAGUGGUACCAUUUUUUAACUCUUUGAAGUCACAGAUGUAGGCUUUCGUAUUGAAGUCUAAAGCUGGUCGAGUUUCUUGCUGUGCUGCAGACCUUUUGUGCAUGAGCAAUGACAGUGUCUGCAAACAGGUCUGGACAAAUAUAAGCCCUAGCUGAGCAUCUGUAUGACCACACUAAAAUGGUUUUCUGUCUAAGCGUAAUAAGUGUCACUAUGUCCAAAACACAGUUGAAAAAUGUGUGUAGACUGUCAUCUUAACUUCUAUUACUUUUUAUUUUGUUUGUUUCUUUAAAGAGGAUUUGGUAAAAAUGGAGUAUAGCUUUGUGCCAGCAUCUCUUCUCUGGAGACAAGCAGAAAUCUAAGCUCUGUGGAUUUAAACAAAGCUGUAAAAUGCAAUUGUAAGUAAGCAGUCUCAGAAAAAUAGCUGAACAAAAUGAGAAUGAAUAUUAUACUGUAGAACUUCAGGUCUUUGGCUAAAUACAUUUUUGUAAGAACAAAGUUUUUAUGGUACAAACUGGCACAGUGACAAACGAUCUAGUUUAGAUCCUUUAAAUAUAUAAUGGUAUGUUCUUUACUAUUAGGUAAAACAAAUCAUCAGAAGAUUAACUAAAGCUCAUUAUAUGACAGAGGCACAGAGAGUAUUCUAAUUUCUAGAAAGAAGUAAUCUGUUUCUAGGUGUUUAAUCUAUACAAGGAAAUUAAAAAUGCAUUUUUGUCCAUCCCUCAACUAAGAUAUCUGCAUUUUUGCCAAAUAAUUUUUCCAGUGCUAUAUGGCCAUUUCUGUUACAUGAGCAUGAUAUUAAGCAAAUAAGACAAAAGGUUAAGAACAGCCAUCAGAAAAUUGCAAUGUUUAAAGUGUGCUUGCUUUGGCAAAGAUUUACAUGAUUGUUUCUAAAAUAUAGCAUACCUCUCACUCCUUUUGGAGUUGCAGUGUGUAUAGGAUGAUCCUGAUAGUUUUCUAUUGCAACACUAGAGUGGCUGAUGAAUGAGUUGUGCUAUAGAAAUGCAGGGUUGUUGGCUUCUUUUCAUUUGCUGAGAUUAGAUGUUGUAGUUUUAAUGAGGAGGGGGGGUUCUUUCUUUUUCUAUCUUAUGGAAGAGUGAAAUUGAAGAUGUAUAAAAAUGAGAAGUGCUCUCUAAGAAAAAAGGUAAAUUCUGCUUUUUGGAUUUGUAUUUGUCCUUGGCUUUGAAGUUUGUGUUCUGGAAUUCUAACCCCCAGAUGUAAGAUCAGCCAGUCUUCUGAGUUUAGUUGCGACAAACUGGCUAGUAGCAAUGAUUUAUAUGUAGUAAAGAAGGUGAAUUUUGCUAACGUUCUUCAGCUUUUCCUGUUUGCUUAUUGCUUACUAGCUGAUAGAAAGCUUAAUUAAUAAACAGCUAGAAUAUUUGGAAACUUGUAUCUUGAUGCAACAUAGGCUAUGUGGCAAAUGCUUUAAAUAAGAAGCUGAUUUGGAAGUCAAAUGCUUAGAUAACAUUUUUAAUUAAAAUACAAACGGAAGUAGCACUUGUAAAAGUUGGUCACUGUUUAUACACUGUGAAAUUCUAAAAGGUCUGUUCUCAGUAUCUGUAAAAAUAAUGGUGUAUUUUUCUGUUUUCUGUGAGUGCAGUGUUUCGUGGUUGGGUGGUGCUGCAGUGAUAGCUACCUGCAUUUGUUAUAAAAAUACUUGUCAUAUAUUACCAUUUAAUAAUUCUUUGCAGAGAAGUCUGCCGGAGAGAGAGAUUGUAUGUAAUAGGUAAUGAGACAGGGAGAAAAGCGAAGAAAAGAUGGAAAUGAGUUUAGAGCUGUGGUGUGUGUGGUGGGUUGUGUUUUUUGAUUCCUUCCCCCUCGCCCCCCUCUCCACUGUGUGCUGAUGAAUUGGCAAGUGAUAGGCUAAUUCCUCAGCUGUCUUUACAUGCUGUUAAUACGAAUAUGGUGAAGUUCCGUGGCUGGUCCAUGACAAGUACUAUGCCAGUCAGGAAUGUGUCCUAGAAACCAGUGUACCACAAGCACGGUUCUGUGCCUGUUCUGGGAGGGGGUGUUUGAAGGGCAAAGGAGACCACACAGAGAUCUCAUUUCUGGGCCAAGUGCACAAAUGCACAUGUGUGAAAUCAGGUCGUUGUGGAGAGCAGGAGUGAUGAGCAGUGGGCCUCAGACUUCUGCAUAAAAACUAAUGUGGUGAUAGACAUCUGUGAAGCCCUGCUGCAUUUAAACAGGAGCAUCACGUGAGACCAAAUAACGUCUGUGAAAUAUGGUGCUGUUGCUUCAGCUCUGGAUUUCCUGAAAGUGUUACUGAAAUGUUUUUUGGGAGGAGCAUUUAAAGACACUUCUGAAGAUAUGGUAGCUACUGAGGUUUGUGAGGCAAUGCUGAGUAAUUCUUCAGGAUUGCUGAAUUUUAUUAAAAAAAAAAAAAUUGUAACAGAUAGGUAUUUAGAAAUAUACAACUAAAACUGGGAUCCUGUACUUGAUACUUUGAAUAACAGAGUAUGCUAGUAGGAAAUAAUGGGUUUCCAGGUGGACCCUUGGAGACCUCUAAGACUGUAUAUGAAAUAAUUAGAUCCUUGCAAAUCACUAUGGAAUGUUAAUGGGGAACUACUUUGAAUCGGUAAGAGCUGGUCCAAUGUGAUGCCAGUUUCACAAUGAGAGCGAACUGGUAUCUUUAGAAAAUUCCUAGUGGAAUCUUUGUAACAACUGUUGCAAGAUCCCAGGUGCUUUCUGCUGUAUUGAUAAUGAAUUCUUGUUCUGUGAGGAAUGACACAGAAAUAAUUCCUCAGUAAAUGCAAAAAUUAUAGCAAAAUGUGUCUUUGCUUGGGUGCAUCAACAAUGUCAUGUCGUUAAAUUUACAUAGGAGUCAUUUGGAUAUUUAUGUUUGGAAAUGGUAAGAGACAGCAGUUGCCCUUGUACAUUUGAGCUGAUGGCAAGCACAGGAACUAGGCAAUGACUUCUAAUGCUAUAUUUGAGUGUUAAGUACUGGAAACCUUGUCUUAUCAAACAUAGUGCCUCUGCAUGCAUUGAGAAAAUGAAUUUAAAAAAAACCCUGAAAUAGAAUCUGCUAAAAAGCAGGGAAGAAAAAGAGAAGAAAGAAAACAAAGCAGCAAUGGGAACUUCCAUAAUUUUUAAAAGACAAAAAAUGCAAUAUAAGAUAGCUGUUCUUUCUGGUGUGCUCCUUCAUUUCAAGAUGAACCUGAGAACAAUGUUCACAGACCAAGGGUCACUGAUUGCAUUCCCAGAACUUACAUAGAUAGUGUACUAUCACAGAGCGAGUUUAGUACUAUCUUAAGUCUUCUACCUGGGGCUUUACCAUACUUGCUAAUGACCUUGAAUAAUUUCCAUCUUAUGCUUGUAAGACAUCAUUGAUUUCACCUUCACCUUAGAAUUGUUAAUGGGGUUAUUUACAGCAGUACUUUCCCCAAAAGAGGUACUUUAUUUUCUUUGUUGAUUUCUGAUACAAACUAAUGCACUUCUUGCUUUUCCUUUGUCUACGAAUUCGGAAUCCUGUUUCUGAAACAGUCUUUGUUUCCAAGUUGUAGUUAAAACAAAUAAUGCUGCAGUGAUGCGUAACAGAUGGGCAAAUAUUUUUAUUUCUGUGUUCCGGUAUUAAACUUAUGCAGGAGACAAUAGUUUUAAGAAAAACUUCCAGUAAGAUUAAGCUAAUUAAUUAAACCACUUACAGUUGGAAGACAAAAGAGGAAGGUGUGAUUACUUUAUAUUGCUGUGUUUCCUAUGGUAAUGUUGUGUUUCCGAUAUCGAUGGAAGAAAGGCUUGCUCCAUACAGCUGGGAUAAGACCAUCCACACACUCCAAGAACAUCUUCAUGUGUUUUGAGACACGAAAACAGAGAAGACUGAUUGGGGAUUAAAAACAGUGGUGACAGAGAGAAAUGUUUGACCUUUCAAAGAUCUUAAAGCUAUACUUGUUUUAUUUGGAGGAGAGUUCAAUCUUAGAAGCAAAUCACCUCAUUGUCACUGUUUAUUGUGACCAUUUGUUUGUUUUCCAGAGUGGUUUCAGUAUGUGCUAACCAGUUUCCUUUCAAAAGAGACCGAGCCAUUCCACUCCUUGUGUGACCAAGUGUGCUCUGAUCCUAAAUAGGGUCAUAGAGGUUUGACCGAUUAUCGACUAUUUUUGGCAGCUUUGAACCUACUGUGGUAGAAUCCAGUUUGGGAAGUCUGAGUAAAUGUGGCCUGCAAAAAAACCCCUCUCUUGGGCUUCAUAUAGUAUAGGUGUAAAGACCUCAGCAGCAGCUGUGUUUUGAUCUGCUCCAGUUGUGCCAAAUUGUUAAUGCAGAUAUGGCAUAAAUACCAUUUAUUUAUUUUUAAGGAAGAUCAGACUGAUGAUGACUAAUUGUCAGGGUGUCUUAACCUUGUCAAGUGUUUGGAGAUUGUAAUGUUUUUACAUCUACCUCUGUGACAGUUUGUAUUUUGGGUGGAACUUGACAGACCUUUAGAUAAGUGCUGUAUUUAUUAAGUGAGGUACCUAAAGCUCCAUUUGAAUGUUCUUGCCUAUGGUUUCGAUCUGACUGAUUUUCAGGGGCAUGAGGAGGGAACAGAAGAUACAUGUUUGCAAUGUAGUGGUGCUGUAGGAAUCUACAGCUUGGUGUCAAGAUCAUGAUUAUGGUUUAAAAGCCAGCACAAAUAUUGGGAAUUGUAAUAUAAAACAACAAGGAGCCCUUUCUCAGUUGCUGAGUCUUCUCCUUUGUUCAGUACACAUCCACUGUGGCACGUGUCCCCUUUUUGUCUGCAUGGGAGGAAAUUCACCAUCUUAGUGUUGAAGUUACUCCAUUGCUAAUCUGUGCUAACUUUUGUAUUUUGUGUGCAUAUUGGAAUUUGCAAUAUGAUCUUAUAAUAAAGUAAUUAUAGGAAGAGCAGAAUUUUAAUGUAAUUUACCUUUAAUUAUUCCACUUCAUCUUUUUAAACUCAUCAGUAUCCCACACUGUUCCUUCCCCCCCUCCCCGUAGCUGCUGCCUUUUUUUUUUUCCUGAACCAGUUCAGGUUUCUUUGUAUUUCUGAGAUGAAACAUUUUGUUGGCUUAAAGUGACUCUCAGAGCUGCCCCAAGUAUGUAGGACCUCUUGGCUGCAUAAUCAGUGCUCUUAGAGGAAGAGGGAGAGGGGGAUUGUAGGGAAGUUCAACCCUUGGAGGAUUAAACCAAAGCAAUUUGCCAGUUCAGGCAUGAGUGUGUGUAGCUGGAAAGGCAGUAUGAAGGAUGGCUUGGUAUUCAGUGGACAAAAGAAGAGAUUAGAGAAACAUAAUCGGUGUCAGUGGUUGCAUAUGUUUAGUGCAUUGAAUUUUUUCAUUAAUAUUGUUUAUGGGAAGUUGCUGUGAAAAAAACCUUGAAAUAUGUUUUGAAGUUCAGUUCAUAGCAGUUUUCCAGGUCUCAAAGGUGAAAGGAACUUGUGAAUACGGACUAUGGGUAAAUAUGCUGGAAAGAGGCUCCUCAUAGCCUUUAGAGGCAAGGCAGUAUCCUGAGUUAGCUCAGGUGCCUUGAGUACUGGAGUGUGAUCCUGCAGCCUAGCAAGCUUUGCUGCAUUAAAAUACAUGCUAUAAAAGCACAUAAUCGUGGUUUUUCAUUUCCUUUAGCAUUUCUGCAGGGUUUAGUAAGGUUUGGCUAUUGGCCGUGUCCUCUGAUUGUAAAACUUUCUCGUUGGGUCGGGAGUUGGCAGUGAGGGGUACGGGGCAGCGCAGCUCACGCAGGGCACAUAGCUGGGCUGUCAGGUGAUGGGGCCUGGGCGCAGCUGUCGGAGGUGCGGGCAGCCCCUGCCUGCUCCCUGCCUCCUCCCUGCCUGUUCCCUUGCUGCUGCACGCCGCUUCUCGGGCUCCGGAACCCUCACACAGCUUCUGGCAGCGCCAGGGAAGAGAUUAUGCUUCAGGUCUUCGGGGUGAUCCAAUGGGAAUUGUAUUGAUCUGGUGUUUAGCUGUGAUCCUUAUCAGAUGGAUUACUUCUAAGAGGCGUGGAGCAAUUUCCUAUGACAGCUCUGACCAGACUGCGUUGUACAUUCGUAUGCUAGGCUCUUGUGUAAUAUUCAAACAGCUGAGCACAAGAGAUGUGCGAGUAAGAAGUCGGGCAGGAUUUGAAACAGAGAGAAGAGGUUCUCAUCCAUACAUUGAUUUCCGUAUUUUUCACUCAAAUUCUGAAAUCGAGGUGUCUGUGUCUGCAAGAAAUGUGAGAAGGUUGCUUAGUUUUCAGCGAUACCUGAGAUCUUCCCGUUUUUUCCGAGGUAUCACUGCUCCAAAUUCUUCGAACAUUUUAGAUGAUGAUUAUAAUGGACAAGCUAAGUGUAUGCUGGAGAAGGUUGGAAAUUGGAAUUUUGAUAUUUUUCUUUUUGAUAGACUGACAAAUGGAAACAGUCUAGUCAGCUUAACCUUUCAUCUGUUUAAUCUUCAUGGACUAAUUGAACACUUCCAGUUAGAUACGAUGAAACUCCGUAGAUUUUUGGUUAUGGUUCAGGAAGAUUAUCACAGUCAAAACCCUUAUCAUAAUGCAGUUCAUGCUGCUGAUGUGACUCAGGCCAUGCACUGUUACUUAAAAGAGCCCAAGCUUUCCAAAUCUUUAACUCCAUGGGAUGUUCUGCUCAGCUUAAUAGCAGCUGCCACACAUGAUUUGGAUCACCCAGGUGUUAACCAACCUUUCCUAAUUAAAACAAACCAUUACUUAGCAACUUUAUAUAAGAAUACCUCAGUAUUAGAGAACCAUCACUGGAGAUCAGCGGUGGGGUUGCUGAGAGAGUCUGGUUUAUUUGCACAUAUGUCAUUAGAAAACAGGCAGCUGAUGGAAAGCCAGAUAGGUGACCUCAUUCUUGCCACAGACAUCAGUCAACAAAAUGAAUAUCUCUCCAUGUUUCGAUCCCAUUUGGAUAGAGGAGACCUAUGUUUAGAGAAUGCAAACCAUCGUCACUUCAUUUUACAGAUGGCUUUGAAAUGUGCUGAUAUUUGUAAUCCAUGUCGGACGUGGGAGCUGAGUAAGCAGUGGAGUGAAAAAGUAACGGAGGAGUUCUUCCACCAAGGAGAUAUUGAAAAAAAAUAUCACUUGGGUGUGAGUCCACUUUGUGACCGACAGACAGAAACUAUUGCCAACAUCCAGAUUGGUUUUAUGACCUACUUAGUGGAACCACUGUUUGGGGAGUGGGCCCGUUUUUCCAACACGCGGCUGUCGCAGACGAUGCUUGGCCACCUGGGACUGAACAAGGCCAGCUGGAAGGGGGUGCAGAGGGAACAGUGCGGCAGCGGUGACGACGCCGACCCCGCUUUUGAGGAAAUGGACUCAGACAUAUUACCUCAGGAACCUCGAUUGUCCUGACCUCAGUCUUCACGACAAAACUGCCUCUUCUCUUGGUAUCUGCACAGUUUGAUUAAAAGAGAUAACUUGCCUGCCCAAGGUUUUGGUAAAAUGGUAAAACGAUGCCAGCAUUAUUUAUUUCCAAGUUUUCCUUUGACACAGACCAUUUGAUCCAGAAUUUUUUUAAACUGCGAGAUCUGACCACAGAGCAAUAUGCCUACGCCUCAGUUGGUUUUUGUUCGGAACCUUGAAUAUGCAAAGCACAGCAGUGACUGAGCCUUGGAGGAACAGCACGGAGCUUCCUUGUGCCACACGGCUUUGGUUUGUUGGCAAAAUUCGGAAUACGGUCUUCAAAUCUGAGACUUGAGAUGGAUUGUUCCACUUCCUUGGAAUUUAGCAAGACUUGGGUAAACGUGUCCAACGCAUACCUUCCACUCAGCCCCUGUUUUAAUACGGAAAUGUGAAGUGCCCAUCCUCUGCUGCCUCUGGCAAGACUUGAUGUUUACAAAUGGACUCUGAAACUAUUGGUUCUAGACUUAAAACCUUUGCGCAUGGCUGUGAAGGAACCACUAACUCGUUGGUUGUUUUUUGUUUAUUUUUCUUUUUUAAAAGAAAAAGAUCAAAUCCGAGACUGCAGCUCUUGUUUCUUUGGAUGCCAGAAAAGCCUCCCAUUUGCCAUAAUUUUGUUUGUGCACUGGGAACUGAGCAUUCAUCAUAGAGCACAGCCAAGCUUUACUCCAGUGCUGUAUGGGAAUGCAAUUUUUUAACGGCAGAAAACACUUCUGAAUUUGGGGAGGGGGGGGGGGUGGGGGUGGGGGGAAGCGUCCGAACUGCAUUGCGAUCCUGCAGUGGAAACAUCGCAUGUUGUUUUCACUAUUGUACACUUGAACUGCACAUGCAAGAAAAAGGUGGAAUGUCUAAAACACCAUAAAUCAGCUCAGGGUAUUUGCCAAUCUGAAAUAAAGUGGGAUGGGAAGCGUGUCCUUCAGAACAAGGGUACAAAUGCCCCUUUCGCUGCAGCGUGUGUGUAUGUGUGGGUGCGUGAGUAUGUUUGGGACGGGGAGGGUGGGAGGGUAUCGGGAAGGGUUUGAACGGCAACAUUUUUCUGUUCGUUUUUUGUUGUGUUUUUGUUUUGGUUUGUUUUUCUUUUAAUUUAUUCUUUAGAAUGUGACAAUGUCAUGAACAGCCACAUUGGGGAGGAAACUGUAACAAAUUGCUACAGAUGCCUUAAACUAUGCACAAAGCUAAGUGACCAAAUUUGUUUUUGAUUUGAAAAAUAAUAAUGAAAAAGAAAAAGUGCAUUGUUUACGUAUUCCUCCCUCUACUGAAACAUUACCCACUAAUGGGGUUUUGAUGGGAAAAGGAGAAAAUGUUUUUUAGGACAAAAUUAAAGGACUAAUUUUAAACUUAAAACAUUCCAUUUUUGUAAUUUGUUUUACAUUGUUUUAAGUACAGUAAGCACAACUGUAAUCUAGUUUGAGAAACUGGUGCUUUCUUUUAGUUUAUUUGUAUUUCCCUGUUGUUAUUGUAAAAGACUGUUUAUUAAUUCUGUUUACAGUUUGUUGCAACAGCCAUUUUUGGGAGAGAGCUUCAGCGUAAAGCCAUUUGUAAAGGCUUUGCCAUAUUCAUUUUAAUAUGUGCCUGUUGCUGUUAACUUUUAAUUAAUAAAAAAGAAGUCUUUUCACAUUAUGCUCCUGUACAUUUAAGUUACGACCGAUUUCAGCGUUAUGGAAAGGUAGCUAAGGUUGCAGUCGGCUUCCACUGUCAGACUAAGCCAGCUUUUGGAUUUGAAAAAUACUUAGUCCUCAUAUGCCAAACUUGAUGGCCUCUUGGAGCCUGGCCUUUUACUGUUUGAAAAGCAAAUCCUGACUUGCCUGAUUGUUUCCCUUCUAAAAUUGAGUUGUUUACUAUUCGUUCAUGUUCCCUGAAGUAGUACCAUUAAUCUCAAAGUGGCCAUGUUUAAAGAAAUAAAUUUGUAAUGAAACCA